UCUCUCUCUGCCAUGGCGUCACACCAUUGAUCAUGCUUGCCAUCUUCAGUCCAAAAGCUUCACAAAAACCGACUCGCCACCGCAAAACCUGCUCAAAGCCUCAAACGACGGCCGGUCCCCCCGCCGGAACCCCGACCCAAUGAGCCACCGUCGCAGCCCGAAUCCACCCUUCAACCCGGCCGGCCGAGCCCGGCCCGGCCAGCCCCCGCCCGGCGGUGGCAACCAAGAACCCACGUACAACAUCAUCCCGGUCCACAACGUCCGCGCCGACCACCCCUCCCUCCGCUUCCCCGAGGUCCGUGCUGCCUGCGCUGCCCUGCGCUCCGUCGGCGACCUCCGCCGGCCGCCGGGUACCCCGUGGCGCCCUGAGUAUGACCUCCUCGACUGGCUCCGCCUCUUCUUUGGCUUCCAGGAGGACAACGUCCGGAACCAGCGGGAGCACCUCGUCCUCCACCUGGCCAACCUCCAAAUGCGGCUCGCCUCGCAGCCCGACAACAUGGAGGCCCUGGAAGUGACCCUCGUCCGCCGCUUCCGCAAGAAGCUCCUCCGGAACUACACCCUCUGGUGCUCUUACUUGGGCAGGAAGUCGAACGUCUGGAUCUCCGACCGCCGCGAGGCCGUCUCGUACCUACAGCGCGAGCUCCUCUAUGUCUCGCUCUAUCUCCUUGUGUGGGGCGAGUCGGCGAACCUGCGGUUCAUGCCGGAGUGCAUAUGUUACAUCUUCCACAACAUGGCGAUGGAAAUGAACAAGAUCUUGGAGGAUUACAUCGACCCCAACACCGGACAGCCCGUGUUGCCUUCGGUCUCCGGAGAGAAUACCUUUCUAAAGCAAGUGGUGGAGCCUAUCUACAAGACGAUUCGGAAAGAGGUCAAUGAGAGCAAGAAUGGCACUGCGCCGCACAGUGCAUGGAGGAACUAUGAUGAUAUCAAUGAGUACUUCUGGUCUGGAAGGUGCUUCAAAAAGUUGGGAUGGCCGAUUGAUCGUGGAAGUAGCUUCUUUGCGAGCGACGAGAGGAGAUAUCGAGUUGGCAAGACAGGGUUUGUGGAGAAGAGGACGUUUUGGAACUUGUUCCGGAGCUUCGAUCGAUUGUGGGUGAUGUUGGUUCUGUUUCUGCAAGCUGCUAUCAUUGUGGCUUGGGACACCGAUAAGAAGUAUCCAUGGGAGGCAUUGAAGAGCAGGGAUCUUCAAGUCAAGGUCUUGACUAUUUUCAUGACUUGGAGUGGGAUGAGGUUCCUGCAGUCCCUGCUUGAUGCCGGGAUGCAGCACCGCUUGGUGUCGAGAGAAACGAUGUUGUUAGGAGUGAGGAUGGUGAUGAAGACUGUCGUCGCAGGUGCUUGGGUAAUUGCUUUUGGGGUGUUCUAUGGACGGAUUUGGUCAAAAAGAAAUGCUGAUAAGAGGUGGUCGCAAGAGGCGAACCGGAGAUUGGUGAAUUUUCUUGAGCUGGCCGGCGUCUUUGUUCUUCCGGAGCUGUUGGGAUUGGCCCUGAUGAUCAUUCCAUGGAUUCAAAAUUUCCUAGAGGAAACAAACUGGAGGAUCUUCCACCUGUUUACAUGGUGGUUCCAGAGCCGCAUCUUCGUGGGUCGGGGCCUUAGAGAAGGUGUGGUCGAUAAUGUGAAGUACUCUCUAUUUUGGCUACUUGUAAUAGCCACCAAAUUUUUAUUCAGCUACUUCCUUCAAAUUAAGCCCAUGAUCCAACCCACGAAACAGCUCCUGGAACUGCGAAAUGUGAAAUACGAAUGGCACCAGUUCUUCGGCAACAGCAACAGGUUCGCAGUUGGGCUGUUGUGGCUCCCCGUGGUGCUUAUUUAUCUUAUGGAUCUGCAGAUUUGGUACUCGAUCUAUUCGUCCUUUGUUGGAGCAGCAGUUGGGUUGUUAGAUCACUUGGGUGAGAUCCGAAAUCUCGAGCAGUUGAGAUUGCGGUUCCAAUUCUUUGCGAGCGCCGUUCAGUUUAAUCUGAUGCCUGAGGAGCAGCUUUUGCGGACGAUAGGAAACAAGUUUGAGGAUUUUCUUCACCGACUGAAGCUGAGGUAUGGGCUUGGCAAGCCAUACCAGAAGUUCGAACCUAACCAGAUCGAAGCGCUGAGGUUCGCUUUGCUUUGGAAUGAGAUCAUAACCAUAUUAAGGGAAGAGGAUAUAGUAUCUGAUCGGGAAGUUGAGCUCUUGGAGAUACCGAGGAGUGCUUGGAGUGUAAGAGUUAUUUCCUGGCCCUGUUUUCUCCUUUGCAAUGAGCUGUUGAUUGCUUUGGGACAGGCCAAGGAGCUAGCCGAUGCUCCUGACAGGUGGCUCUGGCAUAAGAUCUGCAAGAACGAGUACAGGCGCUGUGCUGUGAUCGAAGCAUAUGACAGUGUCAAGCACUUGCUGCUCGAAAUUGUUAAAGUCAACUCAAAGGAGCACUCCAUCCUCACUGUUUUGUUCCAAGAGAUGGAUCACUCCAUCGAGGUUGAGAAAUUUACUAAGCUUUUCAAGUUGUCCGUGUUGCCUAAGAUUCACGACCAGCUAUCAAAAUUGGCUGAGGUAUUGAAAGAUUCAAAGAAAGAUCUGGACAAAAUUGUACACACUCUGCAGGCCCUUUAUGAGAUUGCUAUUAGAGAUUUUUUCAUAGAGAGGCGGAACAAUGAGCAGUUGAAGGAGGAUGGCUUGGCUUCUGGCGGUGGAUUACUUUUUGUGGAUGCAGUUGGAUUGCCCGACCCGAGUAAUAAGAAGUUCUAUAGGCAAGUUCGGCGGUUGCACACCAUUCUUACCUCGAGGGACUCUAUGCACAAUGUUCCUUCAAAUGUGGAGGCAAGACGGCGAAUUUCCUUUUUCAGUAAUUCGUUAUUUAUGAAAAUGCCCCAUGCACCCCAAGUGGAGAAAAUGCUGGGUUUCAGUGUUCUGACUCCUUACUACAACGAAGAGGUAGUGUACAGCAAAGAACAGCUUCUCAAAAGGAACGAAGACGGAGUUUGCACUUUGUUCUAUUUGAAGACUGUAUAUCCUGACGAGUGGAAGUAUUUCAUAGAAAGAAUGCUCCGAGAAGGAAAGGUGAAGAAGGCCGAUGAGGACGAUGAAACAAUGGCGAAGUUGAGAGAUCUUAGGCUUUGGGCAUCAUACAGAGGCCAGACACUUGCUCGAACAGUCAGAGGAAUGAUGUAUUACUAUCGAGCGCUUAGGAUGCUGGCUUUUCUUGAUUCUGCAUCGGAGGUGGAAAUUCGGGAAUUGGUAAAAAGACUGGACUUAGCGGGCCACAAUGGUAGCGAGAACAGUUCUGGCGCAGAAGAUUACCCUUCUUUCCAAAGUUUUAGUACUAGUAUUAGUCCAGUCAAUCUUUUGUCCGAAGACCAUAUAGCCGGUACUGCUGCGAUGAAGUACAUAUACGUGGUUGCUUGCCAGAUUUAUGGGUCUCAAAAGGCAGACAAAGAUAACCGUGCAGAGGAAAUAUUGAACCUGAUGAAAAACAAUGAAGCGCUCCGAGUUGCUUAUGUGGAUGAAGUCUCCACUGGGAGGGAUGAAAAGGAAUACUACUCUGUUUUGGUCAAGUACGAUCGGCAACGCCAGAAGGAAGUAGAACUAUACAGGGUCCAAUUGCCUGGUCCCUUGAAGCUUGGAGAGGGAAAACCGGAAAAUCAGAACCAUGCGCUCAUAUUCACUCGUGGUGAUGCUGUGCAGACUAUUGAUAUGAACCAAGACAACUAUUUCGAGGAGGCACUCAAGAUGCGGAAUCUGCUGGAAGAAUUCAAGACUUACUAUGGCAUUCGGAAGCCUACCAUCUUGGGGGUUAGAGAACACAUCUUCACUGGUUCAGUUUCAUCGCUUGCUUGGUUCAUGUCAGCUCAAGAGACGAGUUUUGUCACGCUGGGGCAACGGGUCUUAGCAAAUCCUUUAAAAGUUCGAAUGCAUUACGGCCAUCCAGAUGUCUUCGACAGGUUUUGGUUCCUAAGCAGGGGCGGUAUCAGUAAAGCAUCCAGAGUGAUCAACAUCAGUGAAGAUAUCUUUGCUGGAUUUAAUUGCACGCUGAGGGGAGGCAAUGUCACACACCAUGAGUACAUACAAGUGGGUAAGGGAAGGGAUGUUGGAUUGAAUCAGAUAUCGAUGUUUGAGGCCAAGGUUUCUGGUGGCAAUGGUGAACAGGUCCUUAGUAGAGAUGUCUAUAGGUUGGGGCAUCGGCUUGACUUCUUCCGGAUGCUAUCCUUCUUUUACACCACCGUCGGAUUCUUCUUUAACACAAUGAUGGUCAUCUUGACAGUCUAUGCAUUUUUAUGGGGCCGGCUCUAUCUUUGCCUAAGUGGGCUUGAAGGUGCCGCUGCAAGCAACAGCAAUAACAAUAAAGCACUUGGUGCAAUUCUAAAUCAGCAAUUUAUCAUCCAACUCGGUCUAUUCACUGCACUCCCUAUGAUAGUCGAAAAUUCCCUUGAGCAUGGAUUUCUUCAAGCCAUAUGGGAUUUCUUGACCAUGCAGCUCCAGUUAUCAUCUGUUUUCUACACGUUUUCUAUGGGAACCCGUGCCCACUACUUUGGCCGGACUGUUCUUCACGGCGGUGCGAAAUAUCGUCCCACAGGACGUGGAUUUGUUGUGGAGCACAAAAGUUUCGCAGAGAACUACAGGCUCUAUGCACGUAGUCACUUUGUGAAGGCAAUUGAACUCGGCCUAAUACUCACAGUUUAUGCAUUACAAAGCACUAUCGCGAAAAACACCUUCACUUACAUAGCCCUGACCAUCUCAAGUUGGUUCCUUGUUGUUUCAUGGGUUAUGGCUCCUUUUUUGUUCAACCCUCUGGGUUUCGAUUGGUUGAAGACCGUGUAUGACUUCGAUGAUUUCAUGAACUGGAUAUGGUUCCGCGGUGGUGUGUUUACUAAAGCUGAAGAGAGUUGGGAAGUCUGGUGGAAUGAGGAGCAAGAUCAUCUAAGAACAACAGGUCUUUGGGGAAAACUAGUAGAGGUAAUCUUGGAUCUCCGCUUCUUUUUUUUCCAGUAUGGGGUUGUAUACCAACUCGGAAUCUCAGCUGGAAGUAAAAGUAUUGCAGUUUACUUGCUCUCUUGGAUUUGCAUUUUCGUAGCUUUUGGGGUCCAAGUGCUUAUAUCACAUGCGAGGAACAAAUACGCGGCAAGAGAACACAUCUAUUAUCGACUUGUGCAGUUCCUCGUAAUUACACUAGGAAUACUUGUGUUAGUUGCUUUGCUGAAGUUUACGCAGUUCAAGUUAGUUGACAUUUUUACCAGUUUGUUGGCAUUUCUCCCCACUGGAUGGGGCCUCAUAUUGCUAGCACAAGUUCUUCGACCAAUUCUGCAGCGUACUAGGAUCUGGGACAGUGUUGUUUCCGUGGCUCGACUGUAUGACAUAAUGUUUGGAGUAAUUGUCAUGGCUCCAGUAGCUGUGUUGUCAUGGAUGCCUGGGUCUAUGCAGACACAGAUUCUAUUUAACCAAGCAUUUAGUCGAGGACUCCGGAUUUCACAGAUUGUCACUGCAAAACAAUCGAAGGUUCACUUAUGAUUUUGAGGAGAUUUUGUUGCCAGACAAUUCAGAAAGACUGAUUAGGCUUGCUUAAUAGUCUGUUCCCUUGUUUCUCUUGUUUAUUAAUAGAAAUCCAUUUAUCUGUACUGUAGCAUGUAUGAGAUGUGGCUCUGUUGAUAACCCUUUGACAUGAUGAUGGUGCACACAUUUCCUUUUUGCC